AUGACGCUGCACUCAUUCCACUACCAGCAAAACCACGACAAACCGGACCAGAUCCACGAUGCACAAAUCUUCAUCGACAACCAGCUUCUCCCAUCCAAAGCCACCAGCUGGAUCGAAGUCCAUGACCCUGCCACUAACCAUGUCGUGUCACGUACCCCCGAGUCCACGCUGGACGAGCUGCAGUCGGCCAUCGCCUCGGCAAGCAAAGCCUUCCCAGAAUGGAGCGACACAAGCAUCAUGAAACGACAACAGGUUAUGUUCAAGCUGACCAGCCUCGUUCGCGAACACAUGGAUACUCUGGCUGUCUCGAUCGUGCGUGAACAGGGCAAGACGCUGGCUGAUGCGCGAGGUGAUGUCCUGCGUGGUCUUCAGGUCUGCGAGACGGCCUGUGGCAUCACCACCCAGCUCACGGGUGAAGUGCUCGAAGUCGCAAAGGACAUGGAAACACGAUCAUAUCGUAUGCCGCUGGGCGUGGUGGCAGCUAUCUGCCCAUUUAAUUUCCCCGCGAUGAUUCCGCUAUGGAGUCUUCCUUUGGCUGUGAUUACGGGCAAUACUCUCGUGUUGAAGCCGACCGAACGAGCACCCGGAGCUUCCAUGAUUAUCGCUGAGCUCUGCAGGGAAGCAGGGUUUCCUCCAGGUGUCGUCAACGUCAUCCAUGGAUCGAAAGAUACAGUGAACUUCCUCCUCGACGAGCCACAGAUUAAAGCUCUUUCGUUUGUCGGGUCGAACAAAGCGGGCGAGUACAUUUACCAGCGAGGCACGACGAAUGGAAAGCGAGUGCAGGCCAACCUGGGGGCAAAGAACCAUGCUGCCCUUCUGCCAGACAGUAACAAGCAUCAUGCGUUGAAUGCUAUUGCCGGUGCAGCCUUUGGGGCAGCAGGCCAGCGCUGCAUGGCGUUGAGCGUUCUGGUCACCGUUGGCUCGUCGAAAGAAUGGAUCUCUGAUCUGAUUGAAAAGGCCAAAGGAUACAAUGCGGGCAGUGGAUUCGACUCGUCCUCGGAUUUGGGUCCGUUGAUCACGCCUCAGAGUCGAGAGCGCUGCGAAGCGCUCAUCGCCAGUGCAGAGAAAGAAGGAGCGACUAUUGCUCUAGAUGGACGAGGCAAGAAGCCCCAAGGUUUCCCAGAUGGGAACUGGGUUGGCCCGACUAUCAUCACCGGCGUGAAGCCACACAUGCAAUGUUAUCAAGAGGAAAUCUUCGGUCCAGUCCUCCUUUGCAUGGAAGUAGACACCCUUGACGACUCCAUCAAUCUCAUCAACUCCAACGACUGGGGCAACGGUGCUGUCGUCUUCACUCAGUCUGGAUCCAGUGCCACGCGCUUCCAGAAACGCAGUGAAGCCGGCCAGAUUGGCAUCAACGUUCCUAUCCCGGUUCCUCUUCCCAUGUUCUCCUUUACAGGAAACAAAAGGAGUGUAGCUGGAACUGGCCUGGCCAACUUUUAUGGAAUGGAUGGAAUCCGAUUCUAUACGCAGUGGAAGACCGUGACGAGUCUGUGGCGAGCAGAAGAUGCGACAGCGCUACAGAAACAGACUGCGAUGGUUUAG